AUGGCGUUGACGAAUGGUCUGAUAUCUAAACCGGAAAUUCCAGAGAUAAAAUACGAGUAUCUGGACCAUACUGCAGAUGUCCAGUUGCACGCAUGGGGCGACUCCUUGAAAGAAGCUUUCGAACAGAUUGCAACGGCAAUGUUUGGCUAUAUGACAACGAAUUACGAUUCUGUCGAAAUGGUGGACACUUUUGAAACCGAAGCCACCGUUAUAACAGAGGACACCACAACCACCGAGACGAGUACAACGCCAAUCAGGACUGCCACAAGUAGUUCGAUGAAACCCACCGAUGGAGCUACAAAAGCCGUGAACAAAUGCCCAAUCACGUUUCUCGUUGUUAUCUUUAUUUGUGAGUUGUUAAAUCCUUUUUAUUAAACAAGAUGAACCAUUAAAUGGGUAAUUCGAGAGACAUUACUUUGCACACCGCUUUUCCUGACGCUCAAUUCUGUAACAAAUUGACAUUUCAUGUGUGUAAUUUUGUUAACUUCUCU